UUUGAAUUUAAGUUUAAAAGGGGUUGGGGUUUAAAAACUAAUAUUCUAAUCAAGUUCUUAAAGAAAGAAGAGAAGAGAGAAGGAUAGCAAUUGAAAAUUCGCACUUAGUCUCUUUAUCGCACCAUCUCCCUCUCUCUUUCUGGUUUCGCACACUGACCCUGCAAUUGCUCAGUUGGCGCGAAGCUCUCGGCAAGCUCUCUUCGAGGCACGCAACGAACGUUGGAAAUGGAACCGCAGCGCACUUUAACCGACUUACCCUUCGAGGUCCUCGAUCUGAUAUUCAAAGCUCUGGCCCGUAAGCCGCAGACCUACUGGGGCUACACCGACUUGCAUUACUCUAACGACAAGCUCAGCUUGGCCGAGACCUGUGAAUAUCUGGGCAAGGCUUUUGCCUAUCACAGUCGCGGUAUAUACAAGAAGGCCAUGUAUGAUAGUUCCUACACGUAUAUAUCGAAAAACGCCUGGCCUGUGAUACUCUCAUUUUGUGGUUCAACGGUGGAGGAAUAUGUCGGAUCUCCGGGUUGCUGUUGGAGCGCUGAGGUGGCCAAGGCGGUGGCAGAGUAUUGCCCCAAUUUGCAAAAGGUCAAGUUCCAAGUGUACUCCGAUAAUGGUGACCUUGUGCUAGCCGUGUUACACAAGGCCAAGAGCUCAAUCAGAAGCCUGUCCUUUGGAUAUGCCAUGUUCCAAUCUUCGGGAAUAGGUCCAAAUAUAUUGCACAAAUUUCCAGAAUUGUCCCAACUAAGUUACUUAAACAUUGAUCCAUUUUUUGUUGAUGAAGCUUACGAGAUACAAAGAUUUGUGACCAUAGAAGAAUUAUACUUGUCUGCACCUUAUUCCCAAAUGGAAAAUCCCAAACCAUUAAAUCUUUUCAAGAUCCUGGCCCCUCUGAAGAAACUCCGUCUUCUGACGGUAGUUGGCAUACAUGUAAUAUCUGAGACAGAUGAAAUUGAAGAAAUUCCAGAAUUUCCCGCUCUUGAGCACUUCAAACUGUCCUGUUCUACUAUUUCAAUGGAAUUUCCAAGUUGUCCCAAACUCAAGAUCCUUCAUUUGGCUUACGACAAAUGCUAUAUUGAAGGUUUGGUCUGUAGAUCGGUUCUAAAACAGGGCGAAGAUUUGGAGAGAUUGAUUGUAGAGAGUCGACCAUCCCAAUACGAUAAUGAUAGUCUUUUGGAAGUGAUUCGAAAGUUUAAGAAACUUCGAUACCUUGAUGUAACAAUACGAAAAAUUAAGUUUGAUCUGGAGUUUGUGAGAAAACUAAUGAGUGCUUUAAAGGAAAAUGGUAUAACUGAGGAGGACCCCUUGGAGUUGGUAUUUGAUGAAAUAAGUAAAAUAGAUUGGCUACGUCAUUGGUUGUCUCAUGUUUCAAAUCCUAACUUAAUAAAGUUACGUGUUUUUUAGAAAAAUGC